UUGGGCACUAUAUGCUUUUUAAAGGAGUUAAAAGUUUUAGGGUAGUUUUAGAAGCAUUUCGCGCUGGAACGGUGCGCAAUGCUCUCUCACGCCGACCUCUUGGAUACUCGCCUCGGUGAGUUAUCGUCACCAAACUCCGGUCUUCAGCUCCACUGGAUGAAGGAUGCUACUGCCGAGCUUCUGGGUCAUAGGGAUGCUUUAAAGUGCAGACUUGGAGCGACGGAGAGUGGACAUCCUGGCGAUCUGACCUCUGCUGCCGACGCAGUCGAGGGAACCACUCUGCUCCCCGGGGAAGACAUAAGUAACGGUGGAUCAAAUCCCAAUGGCAUGCAGCAGGUUAGCACCAAAGACCAAGAAAAACAGCAACAGCAAAGUUCGAGUCAGUCGGGCGGACAACAGAACCAGCAGAAACAGAAACGACACCGGACCCGUUUUACUCCGGCGCAACUUAACGAACUGGAGAGGAGCUUUGCAAAAACCCAUUACCCUGACAUCUUCAUGAGAGAAGAACUGGCGCUAAGGAUCGGAUUAACAGAAUCUCGGGUUCAGGUGUGGUUUCAAAAUCGGCGCGCAAAAUGGAAGAAACGCAAGAAGACGACAAACGUGUUCCGCGCGCCCGGUACUUUGCUCCCCACACACAGUCUGCCGCAGUUUCCGUCGGCCGCAGCAGCGGCAGCCGCUAUGGGGGACAGCCUCUGCUCUUUUCACGCCAACGAUACCCGCUGGGCUGCGGCGGGGAUGCCCGGAGUGUCACAGCUACAGCUCCCGCCCUCAUUAGGCCGACAGCAAGCCAUGGCCCAGUCCCUUUCACAGUGCAGUCUUGGAGCUGGUCCGCCUCCAAACUCGAUGAGUCUUUCCAACAGCUUAUCGUCUAAUGGCUCCGGCCUUCAGUCGCAUCUGUAUCAGCCCACCUUCCCUGGUAUGGUGCCCGCGUCUCUUUCUGGUCCAACGAAUGUGACCGGUUCACCUCAACUAUGUAGCUCCCCGGACAGCGAUGUCUGGAGAGGGACCAGUAUCGCCUCGCUGCGUCGGAAAGCACUCGAGCACACCGUAUCAAUGAGUUUCACCUAAUUUUAAAAUGCGCGAUGUUGUGUCCUUGUAAAUUUCACGUGCAGUCAAGAAUCGCUCAGGACCUGAGUUCAUAACUGUGAAAUUACAAUUGGCAGCCUUAAAGGAAAACGGAAUCUCAACAAAAUCCAGUCGAUGUUUGGCGCACAUGCACAGUAGAUAUAGCGGUCAAAUUUUUAAACAAUCCUUUAGCCUGGUGUUGGAUAAUUUU